AUGACUGCCGUAACCACGACCUUGGCCGAGGACGAUCGGAGUGCUGCUAACACAGAUGCCUCCUCUGUGGUGCACGUUGAACCCACCGCCGAGAAUGCCGACCUCUACACCAUGGACCUCCCAGAAUACACUCAACAGGUCGCGGGCGGAGAAAUCUCGGUAGAUGCGGAGUCGACGCAAAACGAAAAGCCACGCAGUCAAGACCAGUCGCCGGCAUACGACUCACUUCCAGGCCCAGAACCGCGGAGUCUUCAAGAAGAGCACGACAUAUCUCAAUACUCAGACAUGAAGCACGACCCAACCGACCCGGUAUCCGCUGCAUUUCUCACUACCUACGACGUGGUAAGCGGAAUCAUGCUGGGUCUCAUAGCAGGUCCCGUCGAACUGGGCAAACAAACAACACCAAUGCUACUGCAACGCGAGAUAAGACGGAAAGAGAAGCGGGACGGGACUGCCAACCCAUCACCUCCUCUCGACACCAAAGACUCGCCUCAUGUAGCACGCCAAGUAGCCCUCGGUACCGCAAAAGGAUUCGGACGCAUCAUCACCACCAGUCUGAAGAGUCCGGCGAUUGUCAUGCAUGGUAUUACUCGAGGUUUUCAUAACCUUCCGAAAGCGUAUGGUGAGGAGGUACGGCAGUAUGAAAAUGUGACUGGGUUGAGGAGUGGGCUGCUGGUCAGCUUCAAGAGCUUUGGUUACGGACUGAGUGAUGGCAUAAGGGAUCUUAUAAUCAAACCCAUCGAUGGUGCGGAGAAGAAUGGUGUCCUGGGUUUUGCCGCUGGAUGUGCGACUGGCGUUAUGAAUGCGACCUUUAAGCCUGCUGCUGGUAAGUGGCCUUUAUUAUAG